ACGAUAUUCAACGAUUUUUAAUUCAUAUCUUGAAAUAAGUAGCCAUUUUUCAAUAAUGCUGUUAUAAAGGGCGAGGGAUUUGCCAUCGUACACAUCCGCACAUUCAAUUUCUUGUUGGUAGAAGGGGGGAAAAAACAAUGAAUUUUCUUGCCUGGCUUCCCCUUUUCCUUCUAGUCAAUUUCUUGCAUCAACCUACGACGUUGGUAGGGGCUGAUCUUAUACAAGAAACUUGCCAGAAAACCAGGUACCCUGCUCUUUGCGUGAAAACCCUAAAGUCAAACCCACGAAGCUCUACUGCUGAUGCCAAAGGACUUGUUCAUAUAAUGCUAGAAGCUAACUUGGCAAAUAGUAAACUUACUUUGGCCACAGUAAGCAAACUGCUUAAAGAGUCUAGUGAUAAAGCCUUGAAGAAAUGCCUCGACGUGUGCGCAGAGGAGUACGACACGGCUGCCAAUGAUGAUUUUCCUACUGCAAUACAAAGUUUAGAGAUAAAUGAUCUUGGCACAGCAAAAAUUCAUGUAAGCGCUGCUUUUGAUGCUCCAGGGAACUGUAGAGACACAUUUUCGGAAGUUCCAGGCGUUCAAGCACCACCUGAUUUAAGCAAGCUGAAUGAUUAUUUUGAGCAGCUUUCUGUAACAGCUCUCAUAAUGUUAAACAAUCUCGGUUGAUGCAACCUUGUUGCCAAUAAUACAAUGUUCCAUGCACGGCCACCGAGCCCUAGAAUCAGAAUAAUUUCACUUUGUCUUUAGGUCAAAUAUUGCACUGGUUCAUGUUCAUUUAAACGCAGUCAUAUUUGAUAUUUAGCAAUAUUAAUCGUGAUUAUCUACAAUUAAUUACUUUCUUGCUCUGGGGCUUCGGUUCGUAUCCAUGUCUGAAAUAGACACGUCCUCUCUAUUUCUCCCAUUGCACUGUUGGACUGGAAAAUAAGGACUUUCUCUCUAGAUCAGUUCUUUAUAUGUUAUAUAUAAUUAAGUGACUUUAAUUUUCUUGUUUAAAUGAACAUGAACAAGAAAAUAUCGUAACAAUAUAUAUAUAUAUAUAUAUAGCUUAAUUGUUGGCAAUAAAUAAUAUAAAAUUUCUUGUUAGCAUUUGUACAUAUAGAAAAAACAGUUUAUGAUAUAUAAACGAAUCUCAGCUGCACAAACAUUUUAAUUAAAGAGCAAGUGGGAUGAGACUAAGUCCUCCAAACUAACGUCAAGCCAAUUGCUGUGCGAUGCUUCUCUUGUGUUUACUUUUUUUUUUUUUUAAUUUACCAGAUUGAAAGGUAGCCCAAAAGCUGUGCUUCGAAAAUGUGAAAUAUUUAUGAGAAAUUAAUUCAAGUGUAUGAAUUUUCUUUUAUUUAUUUAUUUUUAUAAGAAGUUAUAGGAUUUUUUAAAAGGGCACCAACAAAAUACAGGCUUGUUUCUCAACAAAAUUAGUGCCUAAACAUAUGUUCAGGUAUGGAUUAUGCCAUUAAGCUAUGGUAUUAUGCCUUUAAUUUCAAAGUCCGCAAAUAACAGUACAAGAAGCUGUAGAAAUCCAAGCGGCUGCAAUGGAUAGCCAGCCACAAGAUUCCGAGUAAACUUUUGAUGAAUGUCAUAUGCAAUUUGAUCAAACCCGAGGAGUUGACAUACAUGCAUUCGGCUUGCAAAUGAAUGGACGGACACCCAAUCAGACAUCAUAUCCUUCAUCGAUAUUAUAAAAGUGUUCAUAGUCUAAAACUGGUUAAAUUGGAUGGAUUUGAAAAUCAAGCAGAUGAAAUACUCUUCGCAGAACGUAUAGGAAAGGUUGUUACUACUGAGGCACUGAUCCUAGCAUCAUCAGAUGGGAUUUGCUUGCAAGGUUUGACUGAGGUAAGCACAAAGCAGAACGGUACUCACAACUUGGAAGCGGUAGCGCCCCUGUCAUGUGAAAGGAAGUGUUCUUGCAAAUUUGUGGAAGUUCAGGAUAUGAAGGAACUGUAUAUCAAACGUGUUCAUAUGGCUCUGUGAAAACAAUUUCUGUACACUGUUAGACUACUUUUCAAGUUAGCCACCUAUUUUUAGUCCAUGAUGCCCUGUAGAAUCUACAAGGCAGAGGUUUAUUCUUGUAAACGAUGAGGGCACUGGUUUGUCUGAACAACACUAUAUGACAUGGUUUCCUCUAUGUUGUCAGAGUUUCAGUUACUCGAGAGUUAAGAAGUUGAAAAAGAAAAUUGCGCUGAUUUGUUAUGUUUUGACAUCGAAGAAGGUAUGGUGCUUUAAAGCCUGCCCCUGGCUUUCUAUAUGUAAAUAUUAGUGAUUGAUAAUCUGUUCUUGUUUCACUUUCUGAGUUCUGUUAUUGGCUUCUACUUGUUUUUUUUUUUACUUGAGCUCAUUUUGAUAUGCCAUCUAUUAUGAUUAACUUUGUCCAGUAUGUUAGCCAACAAAAGAAAGAAACUUCCAGGCUAAAUGAUUGCAAAGAAAUGAAAAACUUCCAUUGAUUCAAAAAGCGAAAACAAUCUAACCUACUGACAUGAAAUUGGUGGAAAUAAGAAGAAUGCAAACGCCUAUUAUAGCAAAAGUAGCAGAAAUCCAAACUUUUACCCUUCCUUAACCCGAAAGAGGAGAG